UACAUAAUAGAAGAAGAGGCAUUGGAUUUGCCCAAAAAACAGAGCAAGAAUCCAGAGUCACAUUUCAAGAAGCAUAGCCUUCCCUUUUUUCGUCCUCUGCCAAAAGGUUGCGUAGUUGACGUUAACUUUUCCAACUAUUCCCUAUUUCACAUCUCCACGCCUUGUUUUCUUCAUUUGCAGAAGCCUGAGCAAGAGCACCUGUCCUCGCGGCUUGAAUGGUUGAUAUCAUCAAAACUUUGAUGCCCGCUGUUCUUUACUUGUCGUUUUGCCUCUCCUUUGGCUCUGUUAAAGAAGCCUGGUACUAUCGCUGUAUUGGCCUUGACCCUUGAGAUCAAUUUUCAUAGAAACUUGUCUAUCUCCUUUGGCUCAAUAACUGCAGCUCUGUAGAAAAUCACCUAGCUGCUUCUUGAAAAUCUAAAAACUUCUUAACUACUAUAUAACAAGAAAGGAGAGAUGGAGAAGAAGCCAAUAAAGAAUACUCCUACUAGGUUCUUGAUCACGGUCAAUGUCUUGGGAAGUGCUGGGCCGUUAAGAUUUGUAGUGAGUGAGAAUGAUAAGGUUGCUGGUGUUGUUGAAAUUGCCCUGAAACAAUAUGCUCGUGAGGGCCGACUUCCAGUUCUGGGCUUUCAUGUCAAUGAUUUCUUCUUUUACCCAGCCAGUGCUGGACUUGAUGCUCUAGGACCAUUGGAGUCGAUAGGAUCAGUAGGAGUGAGGAAUUUCAUCCUCUGUAAGAAGCAAAAACAGCCACUGAUGACAGAAGGAAGGGCAAAUGGGAUUGCUCAGAAUGGGAAAAAGGGCUGGAAGGCAUGGCUGACUAAGUCAUUUAGCUUCAAGAUUCAUUCCCAUUGAAUCACUUUCCUGUGUCUUUGUUAAUUGUGAUUUCUUCAAGCACUUGUAUGUUGCGAUGAGUAUGAUAAUUACAUUAAUAAAUGAUGUAAACAUGCAUCAAUUCCUUAUUUAACUCAAA